CACGUGGCUUGCUUAUCGAUAAUCGCGCCUCGAGGUGGCGUUACGUCCAAUCGUUCCAUCCCGUCAUCAUACCUCUGUACCCCUCUGGUUUGUGACUCGAACACAACACCGGGGUCCGCCCGUGGGACCCUGACAUCAACUUUGAACCAUCUUCUCCCAAGCUACCUGUCGGCAGUUUGCGGAAGCAUCUUCUCCAAGCCUGUAUUUUCUACGAACCGCGACCCUCAUCACUCGCCCAUCGUCAGAUGGCACUGGCAGGCCGAGCUUUCGUGAGGCCAUCAUUCACCCGCAAUCCAUGACCCCGGAUGGCCAAACCCCUCUCAUCCCUCCUUCUCCUCUUGAACCGGCAUCAAAAUGAGCUCGUCGAAUUCGAACGUGGGCAAGUCCCUCCCUACGCCAUCGAACCACUCGUCAAACAUACCCACCGGGCCGGCUACCUCCAGCAUCGAAUCGUCGCGCCGCCCAGCACUUGCCGGACCAUCGAAUUCGUCUUCGAAUCCAAGGAAGAGCCAGGCCUCGCGCAAGCAGCACAAGAACCAGCGCCGCCCUGGUGGUGGUGAGCGAUCGUACACCUCGCCCGACGCAUAUGACGCCAUGGCGGAGCGCCAUGUUCUCGGGAAUCUGAGCGGGCGAAGGGGCCAGACGUCGAUAACACACUUGCUUAAUUAUCACGCCCCGCGACCUCAUUACGCAACCGACAACACGAGGAAUUGGAGGAGAAAUACCGGGGUCGGUUCGGGCUACCACGUCUCUGACAAAUCUCGAUACGUCCACGCCAAUUACCGAUUCGUCGUCUCACCCGAGGGGUCCUACAAGCAGCAAGCGUCCGAUACCGACGCACACCUGGACUGGAAUGAUGUGCUGCAGGUGAUUGCAUCGACAGAAUCGCAAACAACGUCGUGUCCUAUCUGUCUCGACGAGCCGGUAGCGCCUCGCAUGGCAAAGUGUGGGCACAUUUUCUGCCUGCCAUGCCUAAUUCGCUUCAUGCACACAGCUUCGAAAGAGGACGGCGGGAAAAAUCAAAAGGGUUCAAGAUGCCAGCAGUGUCCGAUCUGCGAAGACUUUAUAUACCUCCACGACGGACGACCGGUGCGUUUCUACGCUGGACAGGAGAGCCCACUACCUCGCGUAGGUGACGAUGUUGUCCUGCGGUUGAUGGCCAGGAACGCCGAUUCGAUCAUCGCGCUACCCCGUGAAGGGGGCGCCGAGGUGCUGAACUCCGGACAAGCCAUUCCUUGGCAUUCGGACGUGAAUGUCUUGGAUUAUGCGCGCGUCAUGAUGGGAAGCGAGCAGUACAUGCUGGAGCAGUGUGACGAGGAGGUAGCGGCACUCGAGCGACAGGAAAAGAUUGACGAGACACUGUUCGGCUCGGACAAUGAGUGGACGCAGAAGGCUAUGAAGGCGGUUCGAAACCUGAAAGAGCGCUACACCGGUCUCGGCAGCGUUGAGUCCGCGCUGGCGUCGGCCAAGAAUCCGCCGCGCCAUUCAUCGGAAGCCGACUUUUACUUCUACAGCUCACAGCCACAUCUCUAUCUGUCGCCUUUGGACAUCCGGAUCCUCAAGACAAAGUAUGGGACUUUCUCCUCGUUCCCAUCCACCUUGCUACCUCGAGUCGAACACAUAUCUACAGGCCAUGUCGUCGACGAGGCUAUGCGCAAGCGGGCGCGCUAUCUUGGUCACCUGCCGCGCGGCUGCAUUGUCAACUUCAUCGAAUGCGACUGGACAGACAUAGUGCCGGAGGAGACGCUCGAGACCUUCAAGGUCGACAUUGAGAGGCGAAGAAAGCGAAACCAGGACAAGGCUACGCAAGAAGAGAGGGAGCGCGCGCAAGCCGAGCGCCUGGAAGCUGCCGAACUGCGCCGCACCACGGGCCAGCGCAUUCCUGCCAGCAUGGAAGCAGAGACGCCCCCCAUGGAUAUGUCUGAUUUCCAACCCUUGAAUGGAUCAUCGGGGACAACGCCGCCGGAACCCCGGCCUGGGUUUGAAACAUUGGCGUCCAUGUCGACCAGUCCCGAUUCGCACCGCACCAUCUGGGGCACAAGGGCGAUCAAUGCCUCACCAGAGCUGCAAGCGCAACCUUCUGGGCCGGUCGAUGAUGGGUGGCUGAACGACGACGCGCUGCUGAGCGGACACGAUCUCGCGGCUCAGAUGGAAGCUAUGCGGGCGUUUGAUGGCAGUGGAGAGCAGGAAUCCGCCGGUCCCAGUAGCCAGGCUCCGACGCCGACAACGGCUGGCAGCAAGAAGAAGAAGAAGCAAAAGAUUACACUGAUGAGUACUGGUGGACGCCGGGGAUUAUGAGUGUUGUCUGUGUCCUUGGCUCUUGUUGGGGUUCUGCUGCAUUCUCGUCUUAGCUGGUCGGCGUUGCUGGAGUUCGUCUUGAUGGCCUAUGUAGUCAUUGUGUACUUGGUUUGAGUUCCUGGCGGCGGGGUGAGGCCUGUUAUAACAUACGACCGGGCGUAAGAUUACUACUAGCGCUUCAAUAGAGACAAUACCUGCAAACCCUGAUCAUGAUUGUUCCUGUCUUCAUAGUAAUUUCACGAGAGGCGUAGACCACAUUUCGACGUGGUCGAUGUGCAGUGCGGCAUCCAGUCCC